UGACUUUUACUUUAUCAGAUCCUCGGCAAUUAUGAUUAGUUUGAAACUAGUUGUUGUAUCUUUUGUAUUACUCCAUACCUCACAUUCAAGCAAGAAUGUCAAACUGAAGCAAAAUAAAGAUUGUGGAAAAGAAAUUCUUCAAUCUGAAACAUCCGGAGUUAAUUAUCUUUUUCAAAAACAUGGAAGAAACAGCACGAUGGACCACCUUGGGUUGUAUUUUCUUAUGAACAAUUUAACAUACACUGGGCAUAGUGGAACCCAUGAGAAUGAGUUCGACCAUUACUUGAAUUGUACGAUAUUUAAAACUCUGUCAGAUUCUGGUGUUUCUAUAGAUAGAAUAACCACCUCAGACUUCUCAACUAUUUGCCCAACAUUGCUAGAAGUUUUGGACAAUUCAUACGAACGAAAACUGCUGGAAAAUGAAAGUGAGAACCUUGCACCCAGUCGUUCUAGUAUUUGGGGUUUUGGGAUUAUUUCGGUCACGAUAAUCAGUUUGUGUUCCUUGGUCGGCAUUAGUGUCUUGCCGCUCAUGAAAAGGGAUAUUUACGAUAAAAUUUUGCUUUACUUGAUUUCCCUAGCAGUUGGAACUUUGUCUUCGAACGCGAUUUUCCAGUUAAUUCCGGAAGGAUUUGGAAUUGAAGAAGAUCCCAUGACAGUGUGGAGAUCGGCAAUUAUAUUUGGUGGUUUUUAUCUCUUCUAUCUAACCGACCAUAUCCUUGAAAGGAUAUUCAAAGUCAGCCACGAACACGAAGGGAUCCAGGAUUUUGAGGAUAAUAUGGUGACUGGUGAAUCGUUUUUGAAAGGGAGUGAUAAAAGUAUCGUGAAGAAGAGUUUCCCCGUUGAUGGGGAGCAAAAAACUGGUUCAGGCGAUUCGUUAUACGCAACUACAUCACAUGAAAGUGGAAGCACUUUGCUAGAAAUGCCUAAAACUGUAGAUAACCAGCAGUUUGACAAUUACCAAGUUGAUAUACAGUGUGAAGUUGGUAGUGUUCCAAACAGACAAUGCUGGGCGUUCAAAAACUACAAGUCGAUUAAAACUGUGGCCUGGAUGAUAACGAUAGCUGACGGGAUUCAUAACUUCAUUGACGGGCUAGCAAUCGGCGCUUCAUUUUCUGUUUCAAUUCUACAAGGUGUCAGCACUUCAAUCGCCAUCUUUUGUGAAGAAUUCCCUCACGAGCUUGGUGAUUUUGCCGUUCUUUUAAACGCGGGAGUAACUAUGACUCUCUUAAGGUAGCCAAAUGCCUCAGUCAUCUAAUUAGUGACGCGCAUGAAUGAAUUAA